UAACUAUUAAGUAAAAUUACACGUGAUAAACAUAUUUGAUAAGCGCAAUUCAAAUGGAGUAAUCCCUACUUCGCUGCAAUCCUGAUUUUUGAUAUCCUACAACAGUUCAACAUGGAUCCGCCGUGAAAGCUGAAAAGGGGUGAAAGGCCAUUGGACCUGGCGAGAUCCCAAGGGGGAGAAUUUGAGGGUGAAGGGUCGGAGGACACAAGGCGCAAGGUAGGGGCGAGUUAACCGGAGAAGGAAAUGCCGCCACCGGGAGGGUGAGGAUGAAGCUGUCACCGCUUGGAGAGGGAGGAGGGAGGGAGGAGCAAAACAAUCAGUCUGCAAAAACUACCGACACGGCGGUGGAGGAGAGAGGACAGUCUCCGGUGGGAGGUAGGCGGGGACCUCUCAUCGGCUAUGCACGGGCCAUUGCUUUCAGCCCAUUUCAUAUUCUACGGGCCAUUCUGGUGGGCCUGGCUUCUUCUCAUGGGCUCAUUACUCUACGUUUCCUGCCACGUCAUCUUCUUGUUCCCUCGUCUCGAUAGGGGAAAGCAUUAAACCCCGACGAGCAACUGUCCCACUGAAGUCUGAACAGGGGAGAACCUUAACAGACUGGGCAUCAAUGGCGCCCAAAACCCUCUCGACCUUUCUCUCUCCUUUCCCUCUCCCUCAUCGUUUCACCGAAGCGAGCCCGAGAUUCAUCGUAAUUCACCGGAAGGCAGCUCGUCCCAUCUCGUGCAAGUCCGAGCAAUUGGACACCGAGUACCGGAGGCGCAGCUCCGAAGCGGAGCCUGAAGGCGUCGGUGCAGCUUCACCGACCAGAGGAGAGCUCUUCCUAGAGCACCAGCGGUCGAAGGAGGCUGUAAAGCUGGCGAUGAGGGAUGUCAAGAAGAAGGACAAGAGGAGGAAGGACAAGCUGUUGAAGGUUAAUACGGCUGUUGCGCCCUGUUAUGGCUGUGGCGCUCCUUUACAGACGUAUGAGGUGGAUGCUCCGGGUUAUGUUGACCCGGAUAUUUACGAACUGAAGAAGAAGCAUCACCAGCUCCGAACUGUUCUUUGUGGGAGAUGCCGGCUUCUAUCUCAUGGCCACAUGAUCACUGCUGUGGGAGGAAAUGGAGGUUAUUCUGGUGGGAAACAGUUCGUUACGGCGGAAGAGCUGCACGAGAGGCUGUCCCAUUUGCAGCACAAGAAAGCGCUUAUUGUCAAAUUGGUUGAUAUUGUGGAUUUCAAUGGCAGCUUUUUGUCUCGUGUACGUGAUCUUGUUGGUGCAAAUCCCAUAAUAUUAGUUGUCACAAAGGUGGAUCUACUUCCAAAAGGAACUGAUUUCAACUGUAUAGGAGAUUGGGCUGUUGAUGCAAUUACCAGGAAAAAACUUAAUGUUCUCGGUGUCCACCUUACUAGUGCAAAAUCUCUGACUGGAAUUGCUGGAGUUGUUUCAGAAAUUCAGAAGGAGAAAAAGGGACGGGAUGUCUACAUCCUGGGCGCAGCUAAUGUUGGAAAAUCUGCCUUUAUCAGUGCCUUUUUAAGACUGAUGGCACAGAAAGAUCCGGUGGCAGCAGCAGCUCGGAUGUACAAACCUGUGGAAUCUGCUGUCCCAGGAACAACCCUUGGUGUAAUUCAAAUCAAUGCCUUCCCGGGAGGAGGGAAACUUUAUGACACACCGGGAGUGCACCUCCAUCACAGGCAAGCUGCAGUCAUCCAUUCAGAAGACCUUCCUGCCCUAGCUCCUCGAAAUCGACUAAGAGGGCAAUCAUUUCCUAUGACAGGGCAAGCAGGUUCUGGCGGCUUAAAUGGGCUUUCAAUAUUCUGGGGUGGUCUUGUCAGGAUUGACGUCUUGAAGGUCCUCCCAGAGACACACUUGACGUUUUAUGGGCCUAGAGCUCUGCAAAUACAUGUUGUACCCACCGAAGAAGCUGAUGAGUUUUACCAGACUCAUAUGGGAGUUCUAUUGACUCCUCCGUCCAGUAAAGACAGAGUGACCGACUGGAAAGGUCUUGAAACACAGAGACAGCUGCGUAUCAAUUUUAAGGAUUUCGAGAGGCCUGCAUGUGAUGUAGCUGUAUCAGGCCUAGGAUGGAUUGCCGUUGAACCUGUAAAGAAGUGGCUUGGAAAUUCGAAUUUGGAUGUGGAAGGAGCACCCAAAGAGUUGCAUUUCACUGUCCACGUUCCUCGACCUGUCGAGAUUUUUGUCAGGCCUCCUAUUCCAGUUACUAAGGCUGGAGCAGAGUGGUAUCAAUACCAAGAACUUACCGAGAAGGAAGAGGAAGUGAGGCCACAAUGGAGCUUUUGAAAACUGGCAUGAUCAACUGUAGAUAAAUUCGGCCGUAAAAUAGAAUCUUCCCUAGAGGUUGAACUGGCUCACAGUCUAACAUCCACUCCGGGGGGAAGAUAUGAAGAACGAGGGGAAGGCCGAGCUCAGAUUUACGAGAACUUUACGGGGUUCGGAUCAUAUUUGUAUGAAGUUGGCUGAGAUGGAGGACUUGUCUGAUGUAGUUUGGUAAAUUAUAUUACCUUUAAAAAGUGCAGAAAAUAAUUUGAUUCGUCCAUAUUUUACAUGGACUUAGGGCCCUUUAUUGAGGGUGCAGUCCCAUGCUACCACAAUGUAGAUAAGUUUGAUUCUAGUU